AGACGUCUUUCUCUUUCAGAAAAAUCAUCAUUUAAGAGCAAAACGAACAAGCAUAGGGACAAGAAUUAUGUCGAGAGUUUCGUUAAGGAAUUCAAUCAAAUUCCUAAUAAUUUGAUAAAUGGGUGGUUAGAAGAGAAAUCAUGUAUUGUUCAUGAAUAUCAAAAGAAUGUUCUAAAACUUAAACAUCCCUUGAUUAAUGAUCAAAAUAUGGAAAUGAUGUUAAGUCGUGCUGCAUUUCAUGUUCCUCUAGAAUAUAGACUUCGUGAUAACCUAAAUACCAUCUUUUCUUAUAUCAAAAGUCAUUACCAUUCUCUAAAACAGCUAGAAUUUACUCAAAGCAUUGCAAGUCGGGUAAUAACUGAACUUCACGUUGAAAGAGGGCAGCUUAAAGAUCGGAUCCGAGUACUUGAACGAGAGAACGAACAACUCAGACAAGAUCUUGAAUAUGAGAGACAUCUCAACGAAAGUAGAAUAGCCAACAUGAAUAUCCAAAUUAACAAUUCACAAAAUCGAGAAGAUAUACUCAGGGAAGCACUUAACAACAUAGAAGAUGUUCGCACAAUUCCACCUUUACGAAGGCAAGGUGCUUUUCUUUUUGAAGACGAAGUACUGGAUAGUGAUUGA